AUGCUGACCUGUACCCCGAACGCCACGUGUCCGUUCAUCAUCUCUCCGAAUGGAGAUAUAGUAACGAAUGCGGACCUUCAUUCGUACCCUAACAACUCGUUCCAACUCUCUGUUGUGGCCACAGACAAGUAUAACAAGAAUCCGACAUCGUACACCGUCAUUGUGGAAAUAACUGCGGGCGAAAUUCGCGCCAAGUCCGUGAUAAACUUCGAGAAGGUCAACAAACUCUCGUACGAAGUCAAAACUCACGCCUACGACUGCUACGGCAAUUCUACGACUGAGACGUUGACGCUGCUUAUCAGUGACGUCAACGAGAAACCGAAAUUCACAACAACGACUUGGACUAUCACGAAAAACGACGAAAGCGGGCCCGGAGAGCAGAUUAGCUGUCCGGACUUUAAGAACGACAUCGAGGACGCAGAUGUUGGCGACGUCCACACGUACAAGAUGUCGUGCCCUCGGGGCCGCGGCGUCUUCGUCAUGGAUCCCCUCACUGGCUGCGUAACCAUGACCAAGGAGUGGGACCUGGACGCGGCCAACAAGCGUCUGGGGAUGGAGACUGUUGUGUGCACCGUGACGGCCACCAACCGCCGGGGACUGGAGACCACCGCCACCUUUAACAUAAAGAUCAAGGAAGAGGACGACAACAAACCAUUCCUGUCGCAGACCUCCUACAUGUACUGCGCGACUGUGGGUUCCACUUCCGGUACGCUGGGUCAGGUGACCUCAACCGACAAUGACGUCCUUGACUCGCAUAAGACCAAGAAAUAUGAGUUUGUCGGAAGUGGACCCUUCUACGCAUCUGGGACCGGAAGUCUGACGUACGGAGAUUGGAGCUCUUACGCAAAAGGCACUAAAUUUGAAACCACCCUCAGGGUAACAGAUUCCGCCGGUCACUACGACGAAUCCCCUGUCACCAUUUUCAUCUGCGACCCACCGCCGCCAGCGCCAUCAAAUCCCAACAGCGCCAGUGGUGCAUCGUCGGCGUCGUCAACUUCAGGCGGCAUAGACAACAUCCUGUACUGGCUGAUUCCGGCGCUGCUCCUUCUGGCGCUCAUGGCGGAGCUGGCCGUGUAUCUCAUUCGGCGAUGCAUCCAAGGCGGCCGAUGCGCACCGUAAAGACGAUCCGGCCGCUUCAAGACACAGGAAUGGGCCAGACCCGCGUGAUCACCGCCAGGGAGGUCGACGAGCGUCAGGCGGUCUACCGCAAGCCCCCCCACCCCUUCAGCAUCAACGCCGCCACCACCUCCACCACUGCCACCGACCGAAAAAGGAACAAUCGCUCCGUGCGAGCUUCCUAUCGUCCACUACCACGCACGUGAUGUAGGGAACCUAGGCGCUAUUUACCCGAAGUAUUGAGAUCUAUAAACAGCGAUCUCCGAGACUUUUCGUGAAACUUCGGAAUGUUAUCUCCGGACUACUUUAGAGACGUUUCGUGACUCUUCGGACUAUUACGAGACAAUUCCAUGAUAUUUCGACAAUCUUCGGAAUAUUCUAAAGAAACAUUUUCAAGUCAAUCAAGUAUUUAUUCUAACCAGAUCGUUUUGCGUUUAAUUUCCAAUGUUUACUAAUAUUGUUUUAAUUUCCUGAACGUUUUUUCGAAUAAAAGUAUAGGCAAGAAAUCUUGCUUAAUAUUUGUAAUUGAUAUCAUUACAAAAUAUAAUUUACUUUAUAGGUUUCUUCUUGCUUUAGAUUCGUACGCUUUAAAAUGAUGUUUAUCGAUUUUGUGUCGUUUUACAUGUGUGCAAAAAAAAAAUCCACAAAGAGCUCAUCGUAGUCUUGGCGAAUUAUUACAUAUCGGUAAAACAACACCCUUAAUACAGCAAACCGCUGUAAAAGACUUAUUUUCACUCUCUUACUCACAGAUAAUCGAAUUUGAAAUAAAUGUCAUUUAAUUUUCGAAUAAAGUAAUAAAUAAUA